UCUGAUCUGCAACCUUUCCCUUCUCGUAGGGCAACGUGUAUAAUAGUUAAACAAGAAAAGCAACGGGAAUAUAACGUGCAACUUGUACUUGUUGUUUCUUCAGUGACCUAACGCCUGUGUUUACUGUAGAUGAAAUGAAAUGCUGCUGGAUUAAUCAUGAAAAGCUGAGGAGACGCAGAUGCCCCGCUGUAAAAUGCCACGCAGGCAAAGACUGACAGGCAGCAGGAUCUGAGGUUUCCCCUGGAUCACUAGUCAGACGUGUUCCAGGGAGCGGGGAGUGCUGGCUCACUAAGGUAAGAGGCCCAGGGGGGCAAGCACAAUAAAGAAGACAAACAAACUUUUCAAGAUGAACAAGAUCCGGAAGCUUUUCCGAGGUAGUGGGAGAGCUCUCGCGUUUAUAUUUGUUGCCUCUGUCAUUUGGUUGAUCUUUGACAUGGCAGCUCUCAAGCUUUCAUUCAGUGAGAUCAAUACCAGGGUUCUGAAAGAUGAGAUGAUCAGGAGGGAAAGGGAAAGAUUCAAAGUUUGGCGAAACCUAGAGAAGACCCCUGAAAGCUCCAGAAGGGAACCAAAACCUCCCCCGAAAGGCUUUGAAAGGGGGAGAUUUAGUAGAGAGAAAUAUAGAAAUAUAGAAGAGAAAAUGGUAGAGGCUGAAAAUGAUAUAGACAAACAGAAUGAAAAGAGAACACCAAAACCAACAGAAAAGAGAAGCAUGGCCUAUAAGAAAAUGAUUGUUCCACUUAGGACAUUCUCAGUGAAACUGCUAAGCCCCUAUCCCUCUGUUCCCAUGGAAAAGAAAGAGAGAAAAGAGCAUGUAAAGGCUGUAAACUCCACGGACCUGCUGGGAACAAAGCAAACUGUUCCCAAAAGGCUUCAGCAAACCCCAUUAGCUGCAGCAACUGGGAGAUCAGUUGUCAAAUUAACACACAGCACAGCUACUGUAAGAAACAAAGUUGCACAGAAAGAGAACCAACCUGUAACUAAGGCAUCAAAGGGCAUUGAGGGAAAUUUAAAAAUUGGGAUUACAGAGAAAAUCCCUUUGGCUGGAUUAAAACAGGAAUUGCAAAUAGAGGCAAACCCCAAGGAACCUCAGAACAAACCCCCAGUACCAGAUUUGCCAAUUCCUGGGCAAAUCAUCCUUGUAAAGCAAAACAAGAUUGGAGUGAAAGCAAUAAAUGGCACCAAACACAAAGCAAACAGGAGUUUGGAUGUACCUGUCAGCAAGCUGGCUGCUGCAAACAGUGCCGAGAAAAAGGGAUUGUCCAAAAAGACAACAGGACCAGGAAAGCUGCCGAAGGAAGACGAAACAAAAGCUGCUCAUGAAAAGAAACUAACUUUCUCUGAAAAUCAGUUUGUCAUUAUUAGUAAAGAAGGGAUAAAAAUCAACAUCCCAGCAGCCCAGAAUCUUGUAGCUGAUUCUAAAGGAAAUUUUACAAUGAGCUUGAAAAUGAGAAAAGAACAGCAAUUUAUUAGCAACAAAAGUGAAGAUGCCCCUAACAUGAACUCUGUAACCAAGACUGCUGAGUUUAAUGGUCUAACUAAGAAAGCAAUUUUGACUGAAGGUCCAGAGCUAACAAAAGUUCACAGUGUCAGGUUAGAUGAUAAGGAGCAAUUAAGGAAAAGAAAUCGAAGCAGCUAUACGGUCCACUUUACAAGGGACACUGGGAUGCACAAAGUCUUAACAAUUGAUGUAACACUUUCCCCAAGAAAUCCCAAAGCUCCCGGUCAGUUUGGGCAUCCUGCUUCAGUCCCUGAUGAUAAGCAAGAAGAGGCAAAAAGUAGAUGGAAGGAAGGAAACUUCAAUGUCUAUCUGAGUGAUUUGAUCCCUGUAGACCGAGCCAUUGAUGACACAAGGCCUGACAGGUGUUCAGAACAACUGGUUCAUAAUGACCUUCCAACUACCACAAUUAUCAUGUGUUUUGUGGAUGAAGUGUGGUCCACUCUUCUACGCUCCGUUCACAGUGUCCUCAGUCGAUCUCCUCCUCACCUGAUUAAAGAGAUUAUUCUGGUGGAUGACUUCAGCACAAAAGAAUACCUCAAGGGUAGCUUGGACAAAUAUAUGUCACAGUUUCCAAAGGUUCAGCUCCUUCACCUCAAAGAAAGACAUGGUUUAAUACGAGCCAGACUAGCAGGGGCAGAGAUUGCUAAAGGUGAUGUAUUGACAUUCUUAGAUUCUCAUGUGGAAUGUAAUGUAGGAUGGUUGGAACCACUUCUGGAAAGAGUCCGUUUAAACAGAAAGAAAGUAGCGUGCCCAGUUAUUGAAGUAAUCAGUGACAAGGACAUGAGUUACAUGACAGUGGAUAACUUUCAGCGUGGGAUUUUUACCUGGCCAAUGAAUUUUGGAUGGAGGCAGAUUCCUCCAGAGGUCAUUGAGAAAGAUAAAAUCAAGGAAACCGAUAUCAUAAGGUGUCCCGUAAUGGCAGGUGGAUUAUUUUCUAUUGAUAAGAAGUAUUUUUUUGAACUUGGAACAUAUGAUCCUGGCCUGGAUGUUUGGGGAGGUGAAAAUAUGGAGCUUUCAUUCAAGGUCUGGAUGUGUGGAGGAGAAAUUGAGAUCAUCCCAUGCUCCAGAGUUGGACAUAUUUUCAGGAAUGACAACCCGUACUCCUUCCCUAAAGACCGGAUAAAAACAGUGGAGCGGAAUUUGGCACGUGUUGCCGAAGUCUGGUUAGAUGAGUACAAAGAAUUGUUCUAUGGACAUGGUUACCACUUAAUCCAGAAAAACCUGGAUGUUGGAGACUUGACUCAACAAAUAGAACUGCGGAAGAAGCUUAAGUGCAAAAACUUCAAGUGGUAUCUGGAGAACAUCUACCCAGACCUGGAAGCUCCUCUUGUUAAAGCCAGUGGGCUGAUUGUUAACAUAGCCAUGGCUAGAUGCAUUACUGUGGAAAACUCCACUCUGGCCUUUGAGACUUGUAACAUUAGCAACAAGAACCAGAAGUUCAACUACACUUGGCUGAGACUAAUAAAACACGGGGAUUUCUGCAUAGCACCAGUAGAUGCAAAGAGAACACUGGGCCUGUACCCUUGCGAUAACAGAAACAAUAGCCUGAAAUGGUUGCAUAAAUCAUUGGUGGCCUUUCAACCAGAACUGAUGGAUCACAUGGUUUUAGAACACCUUCAGCAGCCAACAUGUUUGGAAGUGGAUCAGUCUCACAAAAUCCUGAGGGUUAAUGCCUGUGAUGCCUCAAAUCCUUAUCAGAAAUGGCAGUUUGGAAAUUAUUAUGCUGACUGAAGAGAACACGAUCAAAACAGAAACAGAGAAUUCAAAUCAUGUGAAUUCAAGAAUGACAUCUGAGAGACUUGUGACAGCAAUUACAAAAUUGGAGGUUCAUUUCCUAAUGGUAAUUUAAAUCCAUCAUUUUAAAUCACCAUAUUGAGAGAUCAAAAUAUCAAGCAACAGCACAUCUGGUUUGAUACGGUUUAAAACAUUCAGGCAUAUUUUCCACUCACUGUGGGGCACUUGGGGAAGGUUGAAUGAAAGUUGUUUCAGUAAAUGGAAAUACUUUCUAAAGUUCCUCAUUCCCACCUUAAGCAGACCUUCACUGACUGGCUUCAGAGAGAUUAAUGUAAGCUACCAGAAAUAGUUCCAGGGUUCAACCCCUAUGACUGCACGUAGCAUCUUGUGCUGCUGUUUGGAAGAUCCACAUUUGCUCAUUUAUCCUUUCACAAACCAGCAAAAUGAAAGUACCCAGGCCCAGUACCUAAAAAUCCAUCCAGGAUAACAGGAAUCUGCUCCUACCAAAUUGGAUUCACUGAUUCUGAAAGGUAGGUAUCUGGAGCCACCUUUGAAGCUUGGUUUCCCAUGAUAAGAGCCCGUCUUUAAUCACAAAAAAAUAUAAACCUUUAAGCACUUCUAACCUAGCAGCAGGCAAGGGUCUAUAAGUGCUGUAUUUGCACACAGGCACCGUGAAUUUGCUACCUUGGUUUGACCUCCUGCUUCCUAGAUGGGCAGGGAGUAGUUAGGAUGCAAAGCAGUGGGGUGUGCCUUAUCUAGCUCUACAGCUAACCCUCUGGGCCAGUGCAAGAACAGUAUGAAUGCAGUAGACUUUAAAGAGACUCUCCAUUCAGCGCUUCUCAGCCAGAAAGACAUGCCUCAGCACAGCACAGAGCCAUGAAAAGGGAAAAUAAACCAAAGGGUGUGGGAACCGUGUGCUGAUGAAUAUCCUCAGAAAGGGCCUGCUUAACCUGAAAAAAACAGACCUGCAGGGACUUGUUUCUCGCUACUAGUAAAUCCAAGAUGGCACCCACACACUGUUGGGCAUGAUUUCAUGGCUCCUGGGUUGGCCACAUGUUAUGCGAUAGUACUGUAUAUGUAUUCAGUGCAAAGCAAACCAGAAAAGCUUAAAUAAUGUUAAACUUUUAACACAAGGGGACAAAAGCUGAGAAAAUCUGCAUCUAUGUUAAUUGCCUGUUCCUUUCUCAUGCCACUGUGGAAAAAAUGGAAUCUUUGUUUUUCUUAGAAUAGAAAAUGAUCUAUCAUGGAAGCUUUGAAUGUUUUUGUACCUAAGAUGAAUGAGAAGGUGGGCAGUUGUUAAAAGUAUGUAAUAGCAGAUUAGACUUUUGCUGAAUACAUUCCUGUCUGUUGAGUAUAGACAUCCAUAUAUUUUUUUAAUCCAUUUGAUUGGCUGAACUGUAGCUGGUCUGUGAUGCAAACACAUAGAUAGGGCAUUUUCUAUGCUUCACUGGCGGAGCUGUGCAUUGGUGGGAGCAGAGUGGCAGUGGCAGCUGUGUACCAGGUAGAAGCACAGGAUAAGAAUGUCUCAGGGUGGGGAGAAUGCAGCAUGUGCACUAGCUGACUGCAAAGGGUGAUGUCUCCUAACUGACUUUGCCCACUUGAGGUUCCAACAUUUCGAUGGCAUAAUAGCCUGUUACUAUCUCCUUCUGCUCCCCUCAGCACUAAAUAGUUCCUAGCUUGCUGCUAGUAGGGAGAGAGGAUGAAAGUGACUCCCUGUGUCUGCUUAUGCCCCAGGGCAGCCAUAUAGCGGAGGGCAGGAGCUAGCCUUGGUAUUGUAUCGAUUAAUGAUAAAGAGCAUGUGAUGUUACACUUUGACGGGAAAAGCAGUUGUUAUAAGAAUUGGCUAAAAUGUUUGGUUUCUACAAACCAAGCUUGAACCUUUUGAAAAGUGUAGGAUUGGUUUAUUAAAAGAGCCCCUCUCAUAGCCUUACCAUCAAACUCCUUCCUGAUGAAUCUCUUUGCUUGGCCUACACUAGCACCUAUCCACAGUCCUUCAGCUCCCUCUUAUGACUGCCCAUUAUCUCCUUCAGACGACCACCAGCUACGCUGACCAGUUCAAUAGGCAUGGCAGGGUCAUGAGCCUUUGGACUGGCUAAUACCACUAGCAGCAGUAGCUCCUUGCAGACCCUGUGCCCAGCUGAACAUAUGGACUCAUACCCUCCUGAGUCCCUUGUACAUUCCCUCAGAGCCAGAGCACAAUCAAGCCUUAUACUUUUUGUUUUGCUUUGCAUUCUCUUCACUGGAAAGCAACCAAAGGGAACACUGAUAAAAGUUGCUCCCAGAGAAAGGGUAUAAUGGUGGCUCUUUGCUCUGAUCUGCCCUUUUUGUGUGUAGAACCCUCCAGACUUGAUUUAGAAUAUUCAUAGGAGGGGGAGACAGUGAGUAGGAGCUCCACAUGUCCAGGAGCAGGAGUUGUUCUGUGCAUGAAGAGAGGGUAGAAGAUCUGAGUGAAGAUCCACCCUGCCGCACUGAAGGCAAAAUUGUCCCCUAAGACUAUAUGUCCCAUAUUUCCAUUUCAGACUUUCCAGAUAAGUUUUAAGCCUAUGAACAUAGAAGCUAAGGACACGUAAGUGCUGACCCUUCCCUCAUAAAGAGCUGAUUUGGAAGAUGGGUUUCCAUGUUUACUCUCUUAGAUCAAAGUGCUACAGUUGUUAAGUCAGUGGGACAUAUAGCGCUAGAUUCUCCCCUGCAUCUGGACUUCACCCAACACAGAGGAAUUGAGGGAGAUGUUAGGGAGCAAGUUAGAGCCCUUGAAUCUGGCCUGAUCCUGGCCAGUCUGCAAUGGCUCAUCUCAGAGGCAGUUCUGAUUUAUAUCUCUGACCUAGGAUCCCUAGGGGACCCUACACGAGUGGAGGAUUUGUUUAGUGCAGCAGAGCUCUGCUAGCCUCCUUAUCCACCCUAAUACUCCCCUUGUGCCAUGGGUGGUAGGCUGACACAGGAGCCGGCUGUGACAGCGUUACUGCAGCAGGGGAAUUCUUCACUGACUUUGCAGCCAGAAUCUAGCCAAUAACAUUAAAAACCCCAUUAAAGUAACUAAGCGUUUUGUCUGAAAAAGGGCUGUAGAAUUUAGUGCUUCCUGUUCUUGACCUUAUUCAUGUACCUCACAUGGAAAAUAGAAUUAGAUGUAGUGCAGUAAAAAUGAGGACUCACCUUUACUCUUACAGCUUUUGGAAUCAAUACACUCAGUUGACAAAACUCAACAUAUUGAAUACCCCUCUGAAUUAAUCCUCAUGUACAUUUUUCAUACUGUGAAACUUUUUAAAAGAUCUUUUAUGUCUGUUGUAUGGGAAGGGGGGAACCCUACUGGAAUAACUGUCAUCAUUUAGCAAAAGAACAUUUAUUACUUUUUUGAUAGGGUCAAAUUCAGCUGCGACAUGAUAUCUACAUCCAGGAUAUCGUAAUGUUUUGCACAUGGGACUUUCUCCUUGAGCUUUUUAUUAUGCCUUUUUCAUGUUUUUGUUAUGUUUUGUGACAAACUGGAGUCUCAUGUAAGUGUGAAUGGUCCAUAAUAGAAAUGUAAUUCUUACACUCCUUGGCCAUUGCCUUGUAUGUUGAAAAAUUGGUUUAUCCAGAUAUGAGCAUGUUGCCUUAUUUCUCUGCAUACAUAGGACUGAACGUUCAACUCAGUUCAUAUCUUGCUGUUCAUGACAGCCAAGCCUUCGCCAUCUCUAGUGUUUACAGGCGGUUACGCAAUAACUCGUCUUUUCUCUUUGAUUUUUCAAAGGGGCCUCUGUAUAACUUUACCUUUCACAUCAGGGUGCAACACUGACAGUAUUUGACAGGCUGAGCCUGCCAAAAUAUUGAUUUGCCUAACAGACUUUCACAGUUGGCUUCUAUCCUAACUGUCUUCCUGAUUUUUUUCCCCUUUUGUAAUACAACUAGCCUGCAGUGACUAUCAGAAAAAUUACACAGAUGUUGUUUGUGCAGUCAUGUUUUAUCAGACGCAUGAAUUUCAUUAAAUUCUGCUUGCUGACAUUCAAUCAUUUGUCACUUAACAUGCACCAAAUGGUCAUAUGUCAUGAUCACUUCACAUUUCCAGUCUUGUCAUUUGUACUGUUAUUCCUGAUUUGUGUAAAUGUUCACUUCGGUGUUGGUAUCUCUUACUUAACAUGUCUAACAUGUCCCUAGGGACUACUGGUAAUAAUACUGUUGCUGUUCUGUUACACAAUAUUAUGAAACAUUCAGAUUAUACCAAUCAACCUUGUCUGAGAACAUUUUUCUGGCAUACUCCCGAAAUAUUCAAAGAAGGCUGCAUAUGUUUUUCUUGGUUUCAUGGAACCACUCACAAUUAUAUUUGUCCAAGAGGGCCUUCUAGAGCCCACGAGACGUGAAGAACACCUUUGUCCCUGCUCACUCAUUGACAUUCCCAUGUAAGAGACCAGAUUACCAUUACCACCUCCAGUGUCCUUAGUUCACAGAUGCAAAUGAAAAUCACUUCUAAUUAGAAAAAUGUGAGACCAUUUACUAGAAUGAGCCUUACUCCCUUUGGCAACUCUUCUGCAAGCGUGCAUAUGUUUCCGGCUCCUCUGUAGCCAAGUGGCUCUGACUUGUUUGGCUAGGAUACAGACAGAUGAUUAUCAUGCUCAUCUUUUCAAAAAUCAAAUAAACAAUUUUAACACUUUCCAGUGAUGUCAUUCACAACCUGAGUACCAAAUGCUGCACUCUAAUACCUUUCAUGUCUUUGGAUUAUAGACAUUAGAGAUGUACGAGACCUCUUAAAUCAUAUUCCAUCCCCCUGUCGAUGAGGGAUCAUCUAUUAUACAUAUAUUAGAGCGAUGAUCCAGGCUGUAGUCAGAGUAGCAUGUGCAUUUAAGGGUAGAAAUUAACACAGUCUCAUUCCUAUAAGGAUGAUGAAAAAAGCCAAUAACACUGAAAUUCACAUCAAUCUUUUCCAGAGAUUUUUGCCAAAGACAGCAAAAAUUAGGAUCACUCCAAAACAAUAGAAAUAUUUACGUACAUCAUCUAACUUUUCUAAUGAGUCAUAAAAGACACUACACUAGAAGCUUGGGACCAGAGCUUUGGGACAAAGAAUUUGGCACUUGGGGGAAAGUAGGUGCUGCAAAGGCUGUUGGCAAACUUGGUAGGUCCUUGAUUCUUGAGCCUCUGCAUGUUAGUCCAGUCCUCAGGAGCAACUUACUGCAGCAACAGCCCUGCUCAAAGCAAUAACAGCCACCAACAGAUCAUUCCAGCAGCCAGGGAGUGCCAAACCACAGUACUGCUCAUCAUUCCUCCUUUACCCCCUGGCCAACUACCCUAUGAUGGAAUCCCCGAUUAGCCAGUUAUGGUACGUCUACACUGCAACCAGGAGGUGCGAUUGCAGCAUGUACAGACAUACCUAAACUAGUUUUGAUCAAGCCAGCUCACUAAAAAUAGCAUUGAAGCUGUGGCAGCACAAGUGGAGGUCCCAUGCAGGAUUGUACUUGGGCUGGCAGGCUGUGGUGACACCAUGUCUACAAUGCUAUUUUGAAUAAGCUGGUUUGAUCAAAGCUAGGUUGGGUGUGCCUAUACCUGCUGCGAUCGCAUUACCCCAUUGCACUGUAGCAAUACUCUUAAAUCAACUUUAGGCCUGUUUUGGGAAUGUGAGCUGUGCAAACCAGCCAUCUAGCAGUGGCCAGAAUCUGACCCUUGGUCAUUGUCCACUUGCGGCUCAAUUGUUUAAUUGAAAAUGGUGCUAGGUACUUUUUAUGUUUUAAGCAAUGAAUUGUCCUAUGUAGGCAUCAUUUGACAUAUAACUGCUGUUCCUGAACUUAACCCUUUUAUUUUAGUUUCCAUUUGUACCUAUUCAAAAAAUUGAGAUUAUUUCUGCCUAAAAGCAUUUUUUGUGAAUUUUAAAAUGUACCCAGGGACACUAUGCAAUGUAAAUAUCUCAAAUGUAAAAGAAAUUUUAAGAAUGAUAGCUUUGUUCAUGACCAUGUUGAUGAGAAAGGUGUACAUGUUUUUAAAAUGUGAACAAAUGUCUUCUAUAAAAUGUGAUUUAUGGGGAGUUUUAACAGUCCAUAUAUGCUGUAAAAUAACAGGCCUUCACCCUGUCAAUUUAUCUAAGUAGUCUGGAUCCAAAAGGCUGAAGUUGAAAACCUGAUUUGAUUUGUAUACAAAAAUAAGUUAGAAAAGAUGGAA